AAGCAAAGUAAGUGCGCACGCUACUAGCCAGCAUACCACGGCCAACGCCCAACGCCAACACGCCCUCCACCUCCACCCACCACGCCUACCUCCACGACCACCACGACCACCUCCACGACCACCUCAACCACCACCCACGACCUCACCCCACGACCUCCACCUCACGCACGCGUCUACCCACCACCUCGCCCACCCCCAGCUUACCGCGCCCCGCUCCACUCUUUACCAACCCCCACCCCAGCCAGCGACAGAAUGACCGGCCGCGGCGGAGGCGGCGGAGGCCGCAGGGUCCUCUUGCCCCCGAUCAAUUUCAUCUUCAAGCUGCUGCAGACGCACGCCACGGUGCAGAUCUGGCUGUAUGAGCAGUUGGCGAUUCGGAUUGAGGGGAAGAUCCGGGGAUUCGAUGAGUUCAUGAACCUUGUCGUCGACGAUGCGGUCGAGGUCAAGAUGGCGACUAAGGAUGCCGCGGAGAGUAGGCGCGAGCUUGGCCAGAUACUGCUGAAAGGAGAUAAUGUUGCGUUGGUGCAGAGCUUGUCGGAAUAGAUGGAUGGAUGGACGCGAGCGAGCCGGGGACGGGAAGGGGCGGGGACGGGGUGCUAGCGGUUGCGUGGGUGGUUUCGUUCGAAAAUGAAAUUGGAAUUGGAAUUGGAUGCGGUUUCGAGUAAUCGAUCGGUUGGCCGUUUGGUGUGUGCACUGGGAUGUGCACUGUGGCGGGCGGGGGGAAGGGAGCGAGGGAGGGGCAGGUGAAGAAAAGUGAUAUCUGCAUGCUUCAUUACAGCCAGAUGGGGAUGGUGAUGGGGAUUGCCAUCGAUCGUGAUGGUCAACUAUCGCCGCCGCCAUGCUGCCGUGCCAUUGUGAUGGCGAUGAUCCACG